AUGGGUGGCAGAAUUCACGGUUUUUUGGGAGGUGUGCUCUUGACAGCUUCCAUUACCUAUUACAAUGGGUAUCAGUUCAAGCAGACCCAAAAGCUUAUCUCACAGUCCUUGCGCGAGUCCAAGACGCUUAUUGACGAGAGAAACAAGCCUGUCGAAAGCGCCUCCAAGAGUCUUGAGUUCUCCUACAGACCGAGUGUCUGGGAGACGGUUGCAGACAUCUGGAACGAUGAGGUCAUCAGAGGUGUCAACUGGGUCUACUCCGUCAAUUGGGCCAAGCUCACCACGGAUGUCGAAGACAAAAUCAGCAAUGCCAUCAACAAAAACUAGACCCUAAGGUCUUAUCCCUAAAUAUGAUAUGAUUAUGAAUAUACUCCGCCUGGGCGAA